AUGUCCGUCUCAGCCUCGAUUCCCGACACUUCGCUUGGCCUUACCUCCUCCGAGAUCCAGAUGCUCCGACAACAGCAGCAGCUUGCCUUACAGGGUGGCCAUGCCGGUAAUGGGAUGGCCAGGGGCAGAGGCACGGGGAGAACCAGCAACUCCAGCUCACGCGCUACCAGCGCCGCCAGCAGCCAGGGCCGUCUGCUGCUGGACCCUAUGAGCCUCCGCGCACUAUCGCACCAGUUGGACAGUUUGGAGUCUCAAAUACGUCAUCAGAUCGAAUAUCUCGAGGAUCAAAUGCAGCGAUCUAUCCAAAGAACCUACGACCGUGCGGGCAACGUGAUUCGCAAUGCCGAUGCUGAAAUUGCCCGCACCCGUGAUAUAUUGGCCUCCAUCGACGAGUUGGACAAUGAUUUGGCGAAGAUCGGUCAUAUCCGUGACAUUGUCAAGUCAUUCCGAGGCCGAAUCGAGACUCUCGACCAUCGCAUUGACCAGAGCUCUCGGCGGCGACGAUGA